GGGAAUUGCUAGUGUAGAAUAAAAGUAACAAGUGGUUCCACUACCGAACCAGUUUUGCGUAGAUUCUAUACAAGGACGGUCGUCGUCGGCGAAGCAGGCAUGAAGGCAUCAUUUAUCAUUUUGGCAGUGUUUUGCCCUCUGAUGGUGCUUUUUGGCGCCGUGGAAUCCAGUCGAAUACUUUGCAUCGAUCCCAGUCCAGGCAAAUCACACGUAAUUGUGGCCCAGGUGCUGCUCAAAGGGCUGGCCGAGCGUGGCCAUGAGAUUACAAUGGUGAGCCCUUUCAAGCUGUCGAAACCCGUGAAAAACUUCCGGGAGAUUGUGGUGCCGGUUGAUGAUUUUUUGAUUCGGCAGAUGAAAUCGUAUCUCAACGAACCACCGAAAAAUAUGCUUAGAACCUUCCCGGAGAUGGUACGGAAGAUGGUGGCGAUAGCGAAUGACACCAUAAACUAUCCGGAAUUUUUAGCACUGAAAAAUGAGAAAUUCGAUCUGGUGCUUGUGGGUCUGUUUGUGGCGGAUUUUGUUCUUGGCUAUGGACCCCACUUCCAGGCUCCGACGGUCGUGCUUUGGACCGGUGGAAUAUCCAAACUGACGGCUGAUUUGGUGGGAAAUCCAAGGGAGAUCGCGGCGAGCCAAAAUGUCAUUGUAGGACAACAGGAUUUCACGAAAUUUUCGUCAAGAUUAAAAAAUUUCCUGUUUGCUUGCGCGGAGAAUGUGCUGGGGUUGUACAUAUUUUACAGUCAAAAACCGUAUUACGAUUGGAAUUUUCCAUCCGAUCGCUACCCGAGCUACGGUGAUGUAAGGAAAAAUGUGUCCCUGCUCUUGCUAAACAGUCAUUUUACACACGGAGGUCCUCGGCCUUACCUGCAGAAUGCCGUUGAAGUUGGAGGGCUACAAAUCAAAACAAAACCGGCUCCCCUGCCGAAGGACAUCCAAGAUUGGUUGGAUGGUGCGGAACAUGGAGCGAUUUAUUUUUGCUUAGGAUCCAACCUAAAGUCGGCCGACUUGCCGGCACACAAAAUGGAAGCUUUCGUGAAAAGUUUAGGAAAACUAAAGCAACGGGUUCUGUGGAAAUGGGAAGCGGAUAGCUUCCCGAAUCAACCGGCCAAUGUGAUGGUAAAGAAAUGGCUCCCGCAGGAUGAUGUUUUGGGACAUACGAAUGUAGUUUUGUUCAUUGCCCAUGGAGGCUUGGGAGGAAUAGCUGAGGCUCGCUAUCACGGAGUACCGAUUCUGGGUAUUCCGAUUUUUGCCGAGCAAUCCGGAAACGUGGCAGCCGUAGUCCGAGAAGCAUGGGGUUUGGAGGUGAACUACGAGACCCUCGAAGAAGCGACAUUUAGUGCCCUGCUGAAUGAGGUUCUGACGAAUUCGUCGUAUCGUCAGAAUGCAAAACAAAUAUCCGCUCUUUAUCGGGAUCGUCCCCGGACUGCAAUGGAAACGGCCUGCUACUGGAUCGAGUACGUGAUUCGUCACAAGGGAGCCGCUCACAUGCACUACCAGGGAGCGGAUUUAAACUUUUUCCAACUGUACCUGUUGGAUGUGCUAGCAGUGGUUUUGGUUGCGGUCUAUCUAGUGAUUAAGAUAAUUAAAAUCACUUUCAGCAGUAUUGUGAAUCUUUGCUGUGGAAAAAUUAAAAAACAGAAGCUUCAGUAACCUCCAAUCAUUAGGAUUAAUUGAUCAAAUUCUAACUACGAACACUUGUGCCUAUGAGUUAGUAGAUGAAAUAUUCGACUUAAAUCUGACUUUUGAAAGUGGGUUAUUUCGCCGUAUGCUAAUUUUUCCGAAAGCUAUUUGUUUUUUUUUUUGUUUACAAUAAAGCUGUCAAAAACAUUUUCCACUACAAUCAUUUUCUCAAAUGUACUACCAGAUAUCGCUUUAAAAGAAAAUAAAUUCCAUUUAAUUCCACUAUAAA